CAAAUCUCAGAAUUCUAGUCGUCUGCUCUUUGCAUGAAACAUGUGAUCCACGUGAACCGAGGCACACAAGUCCUCGUUUUCCGGUGCUGUGCAGGUCCAGUGCCGCAAUCCAUUUGAUGUUCGCAUCUUCGCACUGUACAAACAAAUACACUAUAUAGUCGACACGUCACCUUGUAAUUACAUUCAUAGCAGAGAAAUAUUGGAAACGAGUAGGACCGCCCUAUUUUGACCUCUGCACCGCAAUCGGACAUCUUCUACUAUGCAUUCUAUAUCGUGCUUCACACCCGGUCAAGGAGCAGUGAUACUGUUGGUAGUCUACGUUAUCCUCGUGCGCUACCUGCGUUAUCGGCGUGCUGAGAAGAUUGCCAUACCCUUCGCAACCAGCCAGCGCUCACUCUCUAGCAUGACUACGCAAGAAGCGUCCACGAUCAUGGACCAACUUCAAGCCUUAGAGUUUCCCUAUGCAAUGAACAAAGCCCGCAGUGUGGCUUUACUCAAGGCCGGGGGCAUACCCAGCAUGUCCAGGCUCUUCGCAGUCACUGGGCAAAAUACAGUCAAGAAUGCCGGGAAGCGAACUGUUGACACAGAAAUUCUCCUCCGGGAGUCCCAAACCCAGCCGCGCGAUUCAGAGCGCUACAUGCGCGCGGUAGCGCGGAUGAAUUACCUGCACGCGCGAUACCGGCGCGCGGGAAAGAUCCUGGAUGCUGACCUACUACAUACGCUUGGUGAUGGGGCGGGUGAGAUUCUGCGCGUCAUCGAGCAUGAGGAGUGGAGGGCGCUGAGCGAAGUGGAAAAGUGUGCGGUGGGUGUAUUCCACUAUGCACUUGGGCGGGACUUGGAGAUUCCGUUCACGCUCUUGCAAAGUCGUGAGACGGGAUGGCGGGAUGGAGCAUGCUUUUUGGACGAACUGAUAGCAUGGACGAAGGAGUACGAGAGGGAUGUUGCGAAGCCUGCGGAGACAGGGGAUCUGUACGUAAGAGUCUAUGUUGAUUCUGCGGCCAAAAAGUUGGGAAGCGGAGUCACGGCGCUUUUGAGACAAGUGGUAGCGUCUGAUCUGGAUGAUACGAUGCGAAAGAGUUUAGGACUUGAAAAGCCUGGGUUUCUAUUGAAAUGGAUCCUGUUCGGCGUCAGAAUGAUUCGAAAGCUUGCGCUUCGCUAUCUCGCGCUUCCCCGUCCCAAGGCGCUGGCGCAUCAAUCUGUGGCCACGGCGACAAAUUCGGCAGGUCUGUAUAAUUUCAGCCACGGUGGAUUCCAACCUUGGUAUGUCCUGCCUGACCUCACAGCGACCUGGCAUCCGAGAGCAGUGAUCAUGAGGCUGCUAGGUGCGAGGAAGCCGGGCAGCAAUGGUGAUAGGUACAAGCCGAUGGGAUAUGACCUGAGAACUAUCGGACCCACGCCACAGGAAGGUCGAGGUCUAGAGGAGAUGGCUGCCACGAUUGACGCGAUCAAGGGCAGACAUUUGGAGACCUGCUUUCCUACCAUGCAGAAGUCUGAAUAACAUGGAAGGUAGUAGGCGAUGGAUUAUAGCCCACUGCUUCAGAAGCUUCGCUGAGCAAGCUUUACGGAGUUAGCUGUAAACUCGAUCAUUAAUUCCCAGCCAACGGCUCGAGAUCAGACAGUGAUUAGUACCACAGAAAUUUUCACUGC